AUGACAGAUUUUACCGGAAAGAAUGGAAAGGGGUCAAAUAAGAAAAUAAUCGCGGCUCUAGAACGCGAAAAAGGCGAGCUAUCAACCGAGAACGCCAAAAAGAAUGAAGAGAUAUCGAAAAUGAAAAUAGAGAUCGAGAAAUUACGUAAGGAUUUGGAUUCAACGAUAGAGUUGGAGAAAGAGACGGCGAGGCUUAGGAAAGAAGUGGUGGAAUCGAAAGCGGAGACGGAGAAACUAAGGAAGAUGCUAGAAGAAAAAGAAAGUAAGCUUGAGGUGAUUGAAAAAGAAGGGAAAGAAUUGAAACAAGCAAAUGUGGAGAUGGAAAUGAAGGUUAGGGAAUUGGAGAGGAAAAUUGGAGUUAUUGAAAUGAAAGAGGUUGAGGAGAAUAGUAAGAGUGUUAGGGUUGAGGAAAUGAUGAAAGAAAAAGUUGAUGAGAAAAAAAGAGAGGUUGAGGAAUUGAAGAGUGUUUUGAUAGGGAAAAAGAAUGAGGUUGGGAAAUGGAUGAAAGAGAAUAGGGAAUUGGAAGAGAAAAUUAGGGUUUUGGAAUUUAGUUUGAUGAAUAUGAAUGAGAAGGGGUUGGAGAAAAAUUGGUCAGUUGUUGCAGCUGGGUCUGCUGGUGGAAUUGCAUUGCUUUUGUUAUCAAGCCAACAAUGCAUUGUUGCAACAGUUCUUGUUCCUGCAAGAGUAUUUGCACUUCCAAUUCCAAAGGUUCAAUGA